AUGCGCCCUCGUGGUCUCCGUUUCAAUCUCAAAAGCUACGUCGACGCCUCAAUGGCCAGUCUCGACCCUCACACUCCCCGGUCCAGCAAAUUCCAACCCUGGGAAGAAAACGAUGUCCCUAUCAUCGAUUCACGAGAACUCUUUUCCGAUGUUGUCUUCAAGUUGUCUUCAUACAUUGCCAAAGCCAUUGACGCCGCCUACACUUACGAGCAGCUGCGUACCACUAGUGCUGGACAGUCGUUGAAGCCUCUCAUUACAUAUCUGAGUGCUGACUGCCACCAUCCCGCCAUCGUAGCGGCACUCCUGGCAGCCCGAUAUCUCUUCACCAAUGCCGACGCAGACGCGGACAGCGGUUUGAACGAGUCGAGGGCCCUCGCCUGUGAACUUGUAGCGUGGCAGUUUCUUACCUUUUUGUCGGAGAAGGAACUCAUUGACUACCUUCUCUACGAACUGCCCCAAAGCCCGGACGAGAGCACGCGACACUCCCCAUCAGACUCUACUACUGAUAGGAGUUUUGGUCGUCAUGUCGAGGAAGAUCACGCAGAUGAAACAUCGCCCCUUAUACGCGCCCGAUCGGCCGAACGUGGUGCGGUUCUCCGGCCCCCAAAACGCGCCUCCUUCGACCACCUCCCUGGCCCUGGCACAUCAAGCACAUUCCCGGGCGACGAGGACGAUGCGACGCGGAGAGCCUACCUGGAUGAAUCCAUGGCUGGUAUGAACGCCCUGGAAAUCGCCGCCAUUGGGGACGCAAAGAAGUUCCUCUCGCAGAAUCCUGUUCAGAAGAUUGUCGAAGACAUCUGGAAUGGCGAUGUGAUCUUCUGGGAGAGUCUCUCCGUCUACGCCGUCAAGAAACCCCGAGUGUACAACAAACGGGUAGCAGACCCCUUCACCCGUCUAAGGGUCCCUAAGUAUCAAAAGGCCUUUCAGAUUAGCUUCUUUCUCGCAUUUCUGGCACUGUAUUAUGCUGUAUUGGUGGAGCGGGAUCCAAGCCACAUUACCGCCACAGAAACCGUGUUAUAUCUUUGGAUUGCUGCUUUUGCCUAUGACGAGUUCGGUGAGAUCAAAGAUGCGGGCCUCAUGUUCUAUCAGACCGACUUUUGGAGUUUGUGGGACAUCGCCAUCAUCGGUUUCAGCGCGGCUUUUGUGAUUAUCCGAGUUAUUGGCCUCCUCAGAAAUAGCGACUAUAUCAUUGAUGUUGCCUUUGACAUCUUAUCCAUGGUGGCACUGUUCCUUGUACCGAGGUGGGCAUCAAUGCAGAAUGCAUCGUUAUUCCAGACAUGCUUACAUGACCAGGAUAUUCUCGGUUAUGAGCCUGAACCCAUACUUUGGAAGCUUGGUAAGUUUCAUCCGUCUCUCGAUAGUGUCGGAGGUGACCUGACAGUGUGCUGCGAAGAUUCCGGUGUUGAAGGAGAUGCAUUUUGCAAGUUUCUGCCUGUGAUUGUCGUGUUAUAUCUCGGGUUCUUGACCACCUUCACCAUGCUGGCGAGAGAUCGGAUGAGUCUCAACGACAUGUCAUGGCUCUUGAUCAAGGUGUUCUUUGGGUAUGAAGCAGCACUCGACUUCCGAAACGUCACUGAUUAG